AUGGAGGACUCCCACGUCGCACUGCCUACAGUGCUGCCGGCAGGAUGCGACGGCGAAGCAGGAUGGGGUCGCAUCGCUUUGUUCGGCGUGCUGGAUGGGCACGGCGGAGCGGAGGUGGCCAGAUUCUGCAGCCGGCAUCUUCCGCAGGAGCUCUUGAAGUAUCCGGCCAACAGCGGGGCAGAGGUCGAAGCCGCCCUCCGAGGCUCCUUUGCCAAGUUGCAAAACAUGCUGGAGAGUGGAGACUAUGCUGACGAGCUGACUUCACAGCGGUCAGCCCUCUACGCAAGGCUUUUGCCCCCGGGCGAAAGCUGUGGAACAAAGGGGGGAUCGACGGCGUGCAUCUGUGCCGUUACCGAGACGCAGAUCAUCACUGCCAAUGUGGGGGACAGCCGCGCGGUGCUCUCUCGCGGCGGCCAGAGCAUUGCGCUCAGCGAGGACCACAAGCCCGAGAACUUUGCCGAAAAGCAGCGGAUCGAGGCUGCUGGUGGCUUUGUCAGCUUCCGGUCCGGACACUGGCGGGUCAAUGGCGACCUGAACAUGUCCCGUGCUUUAGGCGACGUGGAGUACAAGGACGUCAUCAGCUCCACGCCGGAUGUGACAAUUCACGAUCGCAGUCCCGAGGAUGAGUUUCUGGCAAUCUUUUCUGACGGCGUCAACAAGACCAACCAGGAGGUCGUGGACUUUCUCUCGGAGCGGCGACCAGUUGGGAAGGAUGCAGAGACGGCAGAGGCAUUGGUCAGCAGCUGUGUCUCGGGUGGUGACAACGUUACUCUCACUGUCGUCCGUCUAGACAACAGCUGGAAGGGGCUGCGCAGCCGGCCGAGGCGAAGCAUCACCUAG